CUGUGGGGAGUGGACUGGCAGCCCCGCGCCCGCUUGCUGUAGUCGAGCCAGAUGGAAUGUAGCGCGCGCGAGACACUGAAUCAUGCCGUUAGUCAAAAGGAACAUUGAACCUCGACACCUCUGCAGAGGAGCUCUGCCUGAGGGAAUUACUAGUGAAUUAGAAUGUGUAACCAAUAGUACUCUUGCUGCUAUCAUACGCCAGCUAAGCAGCCUAAGCAAACAUGCUGAAGACAUAUUCGGUGAGUUGUUUAAUGAGGCCAACAACUUCUACAUCAGGGCAAAUUCCCUUCAAGACAGAAUUGACCGCCUUGCUGUCAAAGUCACCCAGCUGGAUUCAACUGUGGAAGAAGUGUCAUUACAGGAUAUCAACAUGAAAAAAGCAUUCAAAAGUUCUACAAUACAGGACCAGCAGGUGGUUUCAAAGAACAGCAUCCCCAAUCCUGUAUCUGAUAUUUAUAAUCGGAGUGACAAACCACCUCCUUUGAAUAUCCUUACUUCAUAUAGAGAUGAUAAAAAGGAUGGGCUGAAAUUCUAUACUGAUCCCUCUUAUUUCUUUGACCUAUGGAAAGAAAAAAUGUUACAAGAUACAGAAGACAAACGAAAAGAGAAGAGACGCCAAAAGGAGCAAAAGCGUAUAGAUGGCACAACUCGUGAGGUGAAAAAGGUUAGAAAAGCAAGGAACAGGCGCCAGGAAUGGAAUAUGAUGGCAUAUGACAAAGAGCUUAGACCAGACAACAGGUUGUCUCAAAAUAUAUACCAUGGAGCAUCAUCCGAGGGAUCUCUGUCCCCUGAUACUAGAUCUCAUGCCUCAGAUGUUACCAGCUAUUCAUAUCCUGCUACUCCAAAUCAUUCCCUCCAUCAGCAGCCAAUGAUGCCUUCAUAUGGAGCAGGAGAUGGAGCUCAGUACAUGCUUGCAAACCAGGGUCUUGAACAUGAAUUUAGGCCACCUUCUACAACAGUGCGGCAUGCUACCUUAAACAGACCUCAACAACCACCUCCACCCCCACCCCAAGCCGUGGAUGGAUCCCUAGGGACUGUGUCAUUGGUACCAGCUGAUUAUGGGAUGCUUGCAGCUCAGAUGGUGGAUUAUUACAAUCCUUCAGGACCCCCGCCGCCUCCCCCUCCACCCAUGAUUCCUUCUGCACAGACCGCUUUUGUUAGUCCUCUCCAAAUCCCUGUGCUACCUUCCCAUCCUGGACUAGUGACUGGAUCUAUAUAUUCUGCUGCUCUUCAUCCUCCUUCUACUGGGCUUGUUGUUACAGCUCCCCCUCCUCCAGGCCCGCCUCCUCCCCCUCCAGGCCCUCCUGCUGCAGGAUCCUCUCUCUCAUCCUCUCCGAUGCAUGCGCCUGCACUGGCUGAAGCAAAGCGGCAUGAGCCCACACAAUCACCCAUCAGUGAUGCUCGAAGUGAUCUUCUGGCUGCUAUUCGGAUGGGAAUCCAGUUGAAAAAAGUACAAGAACAACGUGAACAAGAAGCUAAGCGUGAACCUGUUGGAAAUGAUGUGGCCACAAUUCUUUCCAGACGCAUUGCUGUGGAGUACAGCGAUUCAGAAGAUGAUUCGGAAUGUGAGGAAAAUGACUGGUCAGACUGAAAACUGGAGAACCAAAGCAUUCUAUUAAUUUCUUAAGGAAAUCGUUCAUGUUGUGUAGGCACUGAUAUAUGUUGAAACAGGUUAAUUAAAUUGAUGGUAUUCAGGAUGCUGUCAGUAAGUUUGGUUAUAAUCUAGAACUCUUUUAUUUUCAGUAUUUACUGCAUAAUACUGUAUACAAGUGCCACUGAAUGUAGCAAAUCAUGUUCUGCCCCAAGAAAAGGCAGUGUUUGUUUUUGGUCAGGAGUAUAUGUAAGUUAUUUAGAUUGUUUGAAUAUUAACACCAAUUUCCCCAGGUACUUGGAAAUCUUUCAAAGCAGGUGCUUGACCUUGGAGCACAACAUGGCAGAACAAUGUCCUCCACCAUAAAAUGUCACUAAUUUGCAUUUUUGGUCUAGCUUCUUGGAUAACACGUAUAAAACUGGUAGCAGUUAAAUGUUUCUUGUUUAUUUUUAAGUCUUACUCUGUCUGUCCCAUAUAUUGUGAGUUUAUUUUUAGCAACAUAGCUACACUUUAAAAUAAUCGGGUUGGAGCCAUACUGGCACUGUUAGUGAAUAAUUGGGUGACAUUAGAUAAAGUGCUGAAUUCCCUCCCUUUAUUUACAGUAUCUGUUUGUUUGUUUGUUUAGUUUUCAUAAUCAGCUUUAGAAAAUAAUAUAGUUUGCAACAGGCAAAUUCAAGCAUAUGGUUAAAUGGAUCCUAAAAUGGAAAUCAUACUUCUCUUAGGAGU